UAUGAGGACGCGACCAGUUUUGACGUUUUCGAAAUUGGACCCUGAGACUGGGGAGUUGUUGGAUAGGAUGUUUGAUAAGGAGGAUUGUAUGGUGGAGAUUAAUCCUGGGAGGGUGAUCCUGCCGGCAGACUACAUGACCAUUGGACAGGAUAUCUUGGAUAUGGAGGUCCAUGACACCGAUGUCUGGAUGUGCUCUUAUCCGAGAACUGGCUCUACAUGGGCACAGGAAAUGGUCUGGCUCAUUGGACACGAUUUAGACUACGAGGGAGCUAAAUCCUUGCAGCAAAUUAGAUGUCCCUUAGUGGAGCUUUCAUGUAUCAUGGUAGCUGGGCACUCGACGUGGCACAAGGAGUCCGUGCAGGGCACCUCCGUGGACCUGGUGAAGCACAGGCUCCCGUACCCUCGCUACAUCCGCAGCCACCUGCCCUGGGACCUGCUGCCGGUCAGCAUUGAGCGCGCUGAUGGCUCGGCAAGACCUAAGGUGAUCUACACAUCCCGCAACCCUAAAGACAUGGUGGUAUCAUACUAUCACUACUGCACGCUGGUGCACGGCCUCAAGGGCACCUUCGAAGAGUUCUGCGACCUCUUCAUGAGGGACCGGGCCCCCUUCGGACCCGUUUGGAACCAUAUACUUGGCUUCUGGAACCGCCGCCACGACCCGAACGUUCUCUUCAUUAAGUUCGAGGAAAUGAAACAUGAUCUACCUUCAGUCGUCAGGAGAACGGCUGAGUUCCUCAACAAAGACCUAACUGACACCCAAGUCGACAAACUCUGCGACCAUCUCUCCUUCCAAAACAUGAAGACCAAUCGAGCUGUCAAUCUGGAAGCCAUCUUGGAAAAGUCUUUCGGCACCAGCUACUUGGAAUCCACGGAUUUGAGGUUCAUCCGCAAAGGGGAAAUUGGUGAUUGGAAGAAUUACAUGUCCGACGACCUUUCUCGAAGAUUCGAUGAAUGGGCUGAACAGCAUUUGAAGGGGACAGAACUCAGCUUUGAAUAAGAUCUUUUUGAAGAUUUAUUUUACGUUGAUUUUGAGGAACAAAGUUUGUUUAGUUUUGUAAUUGUUUUAAUCAUUGUAUGGUAAGCAGUUUUAAAUGUUAAGGUAUAAAAUACACUUGUCACUGGCUAGAAUUUUGAUUUAACAUAAGCGCAUUGAUUAAUUUGUCUUAAUUGAUAAAAAAAACAGUAUUUACCUGUAAUCGGGUCAGGCACAUAGACAUAAUGGAAAUAUUCGAAACGUAUUUUGUUUAACUUACGCAAUAAUUGUUUAUUUUUAA